AUGAAGAACAUGAAGAACAGUUCAGCUGUUUCGCAAAAGAAAUUCCUAACCGAACUAAGACUUGGAGGAGUGCCAACAACAGAUAUAGUCUGCAAACAUUGGAGGGCGGGUAGAUGUACAAAGAAUCCAUGUCCGUUUCGCCACAGCGAAUUGCCACAGCCAAGUAGCAACAAUGGGAUGGGAUCAAAGAGAUCCAAUGUCAUUCAACAACCUUCACAUCAGGGGAACUUCUCUGUUUCUGACUCAGUUUCGCGAAGAAAACCCAAUACCUACAUUCGAGCUGAUUCAACAGAGCCUUCAAAAUGGGGGAGAGAUCAUGGAGGACCUAAAGGUCCAGGAUUAGUUAAGGAUCCUCAGAAGACUAUUUGCAAAUAUUGGAUGGCCGAGAAGUGUUCCUUUCGUGAAAGAUGCAAAUUCUUGCAUAAAUGGUUUGUCAGUGAUGAUUUCACAAUGCUGGCACAACUUGCUGGGCACGAGGAGAAGAAGGCCAUUACUGGGAUUGCUUUCCCAAAGGGGUCUGACAAAUUAUACUCUGGCAACAAAGAUGGAACUCUUCGGGUCUGGGAUUGUCAAACUGGCCAGAGUGCUGCUGUAAUUAGCGUUGGAUCUGAAGUUGGCUGUGUCAUCAGUGAAGGCCCCUGGGUCUUUGUUGGAAUCAAUAACUGUGUCAAGGCUUGGAACAUUCAAACACAAAGGGAACUCAGUCUUAGUGGUCCAUCUGGACUAGUUUAUGCCUUGGCUGUGGAAAAGGAAAUGCUAUUUGGUGGAACACAGGAUGGUAGCAUAUUGAUCUGGAAAUUUGUUGCUGCAACCAAUGGUUUCGAGCCUGCUGCUGUUCUAAAGGGUCAUAGUGCUUCUGUUCUUACCUUAGUUGUAGGCAAUAAUAUACUCUACUCUGGAUCCAUGGAUAACACAAUAAGGUUGUGGUCACUUGAGACGUUACAGUGCAUUUAUACUCUGACAGAUCACACAUCAGCCGUAACGUCCGUUCUUUGCUGGGAUCAGUUAUUACUGUCAUGUUCUCUGGACAAAACAAUAAAAGUCUGGGCUAUUACCGAGAGUGGAAAGUUAGAAGUCACUUACACCAAACAAGAAGAACAAGGUUUGUUAGCGCUCUCUGGGAUGCCUGAUGCACAAGGAAAACCUGUGUUGAUGUGCUCAUGCAAUGACAACACUGUGCGUCUCUAUGACCUGCCAUCGUUUAAAGAACGAGGAAAAAUUUGUGCCAAAGGGGAGAUUCGAGCUAUUCAUACUGCACUUGGUUUGUUUUUUACUGGUGAUGGAAACGGAGAUUUAAAAGUGUGGAAGUGGACUGAACAAUCACCCGCAGCUGCAGCAACAAUUCAACAGUGA